AGGCCGCAGGGUGCUCGCCCGGCUCCCCGCCCGCCCGCCGCGCCAUGGCGCGCCAGCCGCAGGUGGCGGCGCUGCUCGUCGCCCUGGCACUCCUCGCCGCGGUGGACGGCACGGGGCCGACGACGACGACGACGACGUUCAACCCCGACUACAUCAAGGCGCCAGAGGCCGUCCAGUCGGCGAAAGGCGACCACGCGGCCGCGGGAGUCCUCGGCACCAUCAUCGCGGGCAGCCUCGGCCUGCUGGUUGCCGGGGGCUUUGUGGCGCGGCCACCGUUCGGCGCCCCCUCGAAGGAGACGGAGUGAGGGGCGCCGUUUUGGUCGGCCCCACGGGUGCCACAGUCCCUUUUCCCGCGGACCCUCUUUGCAGAAAGAGCGUGUUCUACGGCUGUCGGCAAUUUUCCACAGUAAAGCGGCGGUGGAUCACGCUCUCUCUCUCUCUCUCUUUGCAGCAGACCUGCGGAGGCGCCGGCGGUGGACCCGCACCCUGCUCUAUAGAAGAGGAACGGCGGGACAUGCCGCCGCCCGCGCCUCGCCCGUCGGCCUUGGGGGGCCGCCGCGCGGACGGCCGCCCCCAGCAGCUGAGCAGCGGCGCGCCGUUGCGAGGGGGACGCGCAUUCUUUUCCGAGGCACCGCGGGCCUCCCGCUUGCGGGCCGCGUUUUUUCAUCUGUCUGCUCGUCCUCGCGCGGCGACGCGUGGCAGCGACUUCUGCCCGCCACCGCACGAUCGCGAUUGAUGCCUGUCUUGGAGACCGAUUGAUCACUGUCUUGGAGACAGUCGCCGGACCCACCGUUCCCAGUCACACCCUUCCAGAGGGUAGGAGGAGCAGGGCAGCGAGGGUCUCCUGCCCUGUCUUCUUUUGCGGUCGCACUGCUGAGGUAGGGCGAGGGUCUCCUGUUCACGGACUGCCAGGUUGGGGCGAGGGCUCCG